AUGGCAGCAACCUCCCACCAAUCAACUGGAAUAGCUCAACAAUCGCAACAAACGGACGUAAAGACUUCUAUAAACGAGGUGGAUUAUGAGGUCGGGUUGACUGACGCUUCUGAAAUCACUCCGCCGUCACCAAACGUAAACCACUCAUCCUCUGCUUCUUCUGCUGGCUCUACUGUCUCUUCUUUAUCUGACGAUAUAGCUCCUGCUACGCCACCUACCAUGAAACCAUACGCCAACGGUAAAGAUGCUGUCACUCAACGACCGAGACCAACCGCAGGUGUUAGACAAGUCAGGCCAGCAGAUGUAUUCAUAUCGCCACCAUCUAGACCAGUGCCCUCACAACAAAUGUAUAGUCCAACUUUCUUUGAUCCAUAUGCUCAGCAGCAACAGCACCAAGGUCAACAACAGCCAACCAUGUACUACGAUGUCAACCAACAGCAACAGAUUGUAGACAGUCCAUAUAUCGGCCCCUUCUAUUACUAUAUGCCAGAACUAGCCCAACACAGCUCGCAAUCCUCAGUACAAACCAUGCCAUCACCCUCAACAAACUCAAACCUCAAUAUGUCACCAUUCGCAUUCUACUCACCCGAACGACCAUACGUAGAUUCAAUACCGUCUCUCGUUAUGCCUGCACCAUCCUUCCCAACUCCAGCCAGACCAAAUAAUACUAGUAAUAGACCAGUACUGAUAUCACCUCAUAUGUCACCAGUAAUGUCACCUAAUAUGAGCCCUCACAUGUCACCGAUAAUAGUGCCAAACAAUAUGAAUCAGUUUCAGAAUCAGCAGUCUCCGAGAAUGAAUCCUGGAUUCAUGAUGAAUCAGAUGAUGGGUCCUCCUAGAUCACCAUUGAGGAAUAUAGCUCCACAUAUGUCGCCACAGAUGAAUCAAAUGGGACCAGCGGGAUUGAAUACUAAUGUCUAUGUCCGUGGUCUAGAUCCUACCAUGACUGAUGACAAGUUUUAUGAGAUUGUCAAAGAAUUUGGUUCUAUAGUAAGUGCAAAAGCUAUCGUGCACCUGCAAACCGGUGAAUGUAAAGGUUUUGGAUUUGUCAUGUAUGAACGUGAAUCAGAGGCUCGGGCUGCCAUGAAUGGAUUGGAGGCAAAUGGAUAUCAAGUGUCGUUUGCAAGAGUGGGACCAAGGUUGGAUUCGGACAACUUCAAUGUCAGGAUGUCUGAUUUACAAGAUCCUGGAUCAACAAAUGUGUACAUUUCAAACUUGCCAGUGGAAUACACUGAAACAAACCUCAUUGAACUCAUAAAACCUCAAGUAGUCCUAUCAGCUAAAGUCCUACGAGAAGCAAACGGAAAAUCCCGUGGAGUUGGGUUUGCCAGGCUGGAAUCUCGUGAAAGCGCAGUUAAUGUCAUAACACGAUUCAACGACCAAACAAUUCCUGGAACGGAUAUCGCAUUACAGGUCCGAUUCGCCGACAGUGAAGCUCAAAAGAGACUCAAGACUAUACAGGCGAAGAAUCGAAAAAUUGGACCAGGCAUGCCGCUCCAAAUGUCUCCAGUACCAUACGGCAGUGUACCAUAUGGCGCCAUAUAUGCUGGUAAUCCCAUGCCACACGGCAUGAUAUUCCCAUCUGGUGCUGGAAGUGUUGAUUCUGCUUCGGACUUAGUGGAUGAUAUGGGUCGACUGCAAGUGAAUGAGGUUGAGGAUGAGGAAGAAGUUCGGCUGGAUGAAUAUCAUGAGGAGGGUGAUGGUGGUGCUGUUGAGCAGGAGCGGCCAUUACGUCCAUCUGAUUUACUCGCUGUUACAUCAAAUGAAGAGCAACAGCCAGAACCAAGCUCAACUUGA